UCUGGACUUUCUGAUUUUUAGGCUAAAAAAACUGCAAAAAUCAAAUUUUGAAAAUCCCCCGCUUAAAAAUCUGGACCUUCACUAUAAAUGUCUGGAAAUUCCAAACCCCAUUUCAAUUAGUCUAAUACACACACUUUCCAUGUCCGUCACGCUGCAUACCGAUGUUGGCGACCUGAAGCUCGAGAUAUUCUGCGACGAAGUGCCCAAGGCCGCCGAGAACUUUCUUGCGCUAUGCGCCAGCAACUACUACGACGACUCUCUGAUCCACCGCAACAUUGCCGGCUUCAUCGUGCAAAUGGGCGACCCAACAAGCACUGGAAAAGGUGGUACAUCGAUCUGGGGCCGCAAGUUCGAAGACGAAAUCAGCCCGACGCUCAAACAUGACCGCCGCGGCACCGUCAGCAUGGCAAGCUCUGGACCGAACACCAACGGCUCGCAGUUCUUUAUUACUUAUGACCGCCAGCCCAGCUUGGACACCAAGUAUACGGUUUUUGGCCGCGUCAUCGAUGGGUGCGACAGUACGUUGGCGGCGCUGGAGAGGGUCAAGGUUGGGAAGAAGAAUAGGCCGGUGGAAGAGGUUCGGCUGAAGUCUGCUACUAUACACGCGAAUCCGCUGGCUGACCCCAACUGCGUUCAGUGAAAGAAAAGCGAAUAGCCGCCUUUUUUGGUCAAAGAGGCCAAGGCUAAAGCAUAAAAGAAGCUUGUAUGCGUGUAAAAACAAAGUCAAAGUUUUUGCGCGUUAUUUCUAUCAAGCACCUAUUUUUUUUACAUUCUUUGAAUGAUUUUUUCUUUUUGAUUUUUUCUCCCUUUUUAGAAUUUUGAACUUUAAAAUAAAUUCCGGGUGUCAAAGUUCAUACUUUUCUUGU